CAUCUUGGAAUUGUAUGAACAAGAAGCAAAAAACGAGCAAGAAAAGGAGAAAAAUCGAAACAUUGACAGGAAAAAAAGAAAAAAUCGCGUCAAAAAGAAAAAGCGAAUCCGAAAUUUAUAAAUUAUUUUUUUUGUUCUCAUCUCUCCGAUAAUUUAUAAAUAUAUUGAAAUAAAAUGAAAAUAACCAUUUGCAAAAACCUCUAAAUAACCAUUAUAACGUUUAAUCCCUGAAUAGAAAAACAACUAAUUCUAGUUCGAAUCGAAUUGAAUCCGAAGUGUAAAAAAGAUUUAAAAAAGAAGAAAACCUCAUCAAACAAACAAAAAUUUUGUUCGUUUCGUCGUUUUCUUUUCGGUGUGUGUGCGAAUUAUAUUGAAUUUUUUAUAAUUUUUUUUCUUUAUGCUCGAGAAUUCCUCGAAUUUGAAAAACCGAAAUCCUUCUUGUACGGGAAUUGAAUUGAAGUUUACCGAAUCGCUCAUUUAUUUUAUCGUGUGAAUUAUUGAAUAAAAUAAAGGAAAAAAAACCGAUAGCUCAUCUCGAUUCGUGUAAAAUAGAGAAAUCUUCGAUAACCCCAAGAAGAGUAUCAAUUUGAUUUGGUGUUCCCAUCGCCGCCGUUGCCGUUUCUGUCGCUGUCGCUAUCGAAGUAGUCGGUGCAAAAUCAGAAUAAGAAUAAUUUGAAUAAAAAAAUAAAGGAUCGUGUUCUCCUUCUCCCCUUCAACUUCAAUUUUAAUCCAACCAGCCAGAACCGUGGAUCAAGCCAAGGCAAAGCAAAACAAUUGCAACAAAAUUAAUAUUAUUCGCAAGGAAGAAGCAGCACAACGAAGUAUCAGCAAGUCGUCGUCGUUGUCGUCUCAGGAACAACCACGAUAACCACGACACGACGUCUUACUCGUCCACGAUCCAAUCAUCGAGUUCCCAGUUGAGUCGAGUCUGAGUUGCUGCUAUCGCAAUUAAAUUUCUGUCAGUUUUUCUAGACUAUGUCUGAAUACUUGUACAAUCAAUUUACAUAGCGCCAUGGCUGCGACGAGAAAGUUGCAAGGAGAGAUAGAUAGGUGUCUGAAAAAGGUCGCUGAAGGAGUCGAAACAUUCGAAGAUAUUUGGAAAAAAGUUCACAAUGCAACAAACAGUAAUCAGAAGCAGGAGAAAUAUGAAGCGGAUCUUAAAAAGGAGAUCAAAAAGCUGCAGCGGCUUCGCGAUCAGAUUAAAUCAUGGAUUGCCUCCGCUGAAAUUAAGGAUAAAAGCGCCCUCUUAGAGAAUAGGCGUCUCAUCGAAACACAAAUGGAAAGAUUUAAAAUCGUUGAACGAGAGACAAAAACCAAAGCCUAUUCGAAAGAAGGCCUGGGGGCGGCACAAAAAAUGGAUCCAGCUCAGCGUAUCAAAGAUGAAGCACGCAAUUGGCUAACCAGUUCAAUUAGUUCACUGCAAAUACAAAUCGAUCAAUACGAAAGUGAAAUCGAAUCGUUAUUAGCAGGCAAAAAGAAACGAUUAGAUCGAGAUAAACAAGAUCGUAUGGACGAAUUGCGAUCAAAAUUAGAUCGACAUAAAUUCCAUGUUACAAAAUUGGAGACCCUACUGCGAUUGCUUGAUAACGAUGGUGUUGAGGCAGAGCAGGUAAAUAUAAACAACAUUGUAAAUAAAAUCAAGGAUGAUGUUGAAUAUUACAUUGAAUCCUCGCAAGAACCCGAUUUCGAAGAGAACGAGUUUAUCUACGAUGACAUUAUUGGCUUGGAUGAAGUUGAAUUAUCAGGCACCGAAGGUGUUUCCCUUGGUAUUCCAUCAUCAUUAGCAACAACAGACAGUAACAACAGUAAUGAAACUGGCGGUUCGCCAAGUAGUAUAGCGUCUGGUGGCAGUCCUGUGCAAUCGCCUCCACCUUCAUCGCAACAGCUAAACAACUGCAGUGGCAGUACGGGCAAUACAACAACCAGCAGCAGUAGCACUACAAACAAUGCGAAUAAUCUGAACUAUAGCAGUGAUUCGACGUCUGUUGAUAUAACAGCAGCAGCAGUAGCGGCGGUGGCAGCGGGCGUAGCGUCAGCCGAUAAGCGCAAUAAGAACGACACCAAUGCCAGUAACAAAGCAAAACAACCUGUUAAACCUACAGCGGUACGAGCUAAUAAUAACAACAAUACCAGCGGUAAAGCGGCUGCUGGGGCGGGAGGAGAUUCGAAUCUUAACAACAGUGCAACAUCGAACAACCUAAAUAACUCAACGGCGGCGCAAUUAUCGCAACAACAGCAGCAGCCAAAUAAAAGCCUAAUAAGUUCAACGCCUAGCAAAAAUCAACAACAGACGAGCCAUGCGUCCGGUUUGGCGAAUAGUUUGCAAACAAACGUGACGACUUCAGUGGUCAGUUCGGCGCAACAACAGCAUCCAACAUCUGCGACGCUUCAACAACAACAACAGCAACAACAACAUUCUAAUGCACCUAGUUUGAAUUCUUCAUCGAUAAUUCAGGCCCAAUCUGUGAUUCAAGCCACACCACCAAUUGCAUUUGCAGCUGUAGCUAAGAACAAUACAUCACACCUGGAAAACGGCCCAGUGCAUCCUGCAACAUCGUACACAAUGGCAGCGCCAACGGUCGCUUCGAUUGUUGGAUCUAAUGCACAACAGCAGCCGCAACAUACAAAUCUUCAAACGAAUUCCUCACAUCAAACAAGUGAUUCCUCAACAACGCAUAACAACACUUCCAAUAACACCAGCAUAGGAAAUACAGGUAGCAAUGCGGUAACAUCAGGAGUUUCGGUGGAUUCAGGAGCGCCUCUAGUAAUAAAUGCCCCGAGUAACAGCAACAGCCUCGCAAAUCGCAUUUCUCCCAAUGGCAUUGCGAAUGUAACAAAUGUUCUGACAAACAACACCAGCCGAGGAUCACCCGGUUUGCUGUCACCGAAACAUAUGAAUGGUCCGUUGAAUCACAACAACAAUAGUAAGGGAUUAAAUGUAUCCGUGUCCGGGACGCAAAACAGCACCGACACCAUGUCCACAUUGAAAACAAUGGCCCAAGACGCAAUCAAUCGUUCUGGGUCGGAAACGAAUAUGCUGACGCAAGUUCCAAAUGUCGAUACAAGGCAACAGCAACAACAAGGAUUACUGCAACAGCAACAACAACAACAGCAGCAGCAACAACAACAGUCUCAGCAUUUCUCACCAGCCGUAACAGACACAACUGCCAAUAACAGCACCACAAAUGGUCCAACAUCUGGCCAGGGUACUGUUAGUUUGACAACCGGUAUUGUUGGACAAAAUAACACUGGCAGCGUUAUAAGUAGCAAACCGACAAAUGAAGCCCACAUACCACCGCUGUUGGGUGUGGCACCACUUGGUCCUUCACCAUUACAUAAGGAUCAUCAAUUGCAAUUCCAAAUGAUGGAAGCAGCAUACUAUCAUCUGCCAAUGCCAAGUGAUUCAGAGAAACUGACAACUUAUAUUCAUCGGAAUCCAGUGCAAACGCCGCCCCAUUACCCGCAGCAGUCUCAGCUACCCCAUUAUGAUACAGUGGAAUUUUUCCAACGCUUAUCAACUGAAACACUAUUCUUUGUAUUCUAUUAUAUGGAAGGAUCCAAGGCACAGUAUCUAGCCGCUAAAGCUUUGAAAAAGCAAAGUUGGCGUUUUCAUACGAAAUACAUGAUGUGGUUCCAACGACAUGAGGAACCAAAAAUUAUUAAUGAUGAUUACGAACAGGGUACGUACAUCUACUUCGACUAUGAAAAAUGGAGUCAACGCAAAAAGGAAGGAUUCACAUUUGAAUACAAGUACUUAGAAGACAAGGAGUUGAAUUGAUGGAUUCAUGUAAAAAUUAAAAUAAACAAAUUUUAAAAAAAUGAAAACAAGAAAAAGAAAAUACAAAAAAAAAAGAAAUACAAAAACAAAAAAAACCUAUUCUAUUAAAAAAAAGAUGAAAUAUUUGAAAAAAAAACACACUUAUGUUUUAGUUUUUACUCAUAACUUUAGUUUUUUUUAUUACUUUGUUAUACAUUUAAUUUCUCUUGCAUUCGCGAUCAUUAAUAUGUUAAUCAUUUACAAAACUAAAAAGAAAAAAAUGUAGAGAAGAUGAAGAAGUGCGUGCAUUGUGUAUAGAAAAGAUAAAAAGAAAACAUGAAUAUAAAAUGGGAAGUGAACCAGAAGACACUCACAUUGAAAACAACAUUUAAAAGAUAAUUAAAAAAAAAAAACAAGAUUUAGAAUUAAUAAAAAACAAAACAAAAAUAUUACAUUAUAUAUGCGCUUGAUAUAUGUUUUCAUUUCCUUUUUUAAUAAUUCAAAACCAACAAGCCCAUAAUAAAAAAAAACACUGGAUUGGGAGGAGAAUAUCUACCAGAGAGCUGAGAGCCUUGUGUGAGAAUUUUUGUAUUUGUUGUUUUUUUUUGUUUUACUGGGGUUCAAAUUUUAGUUGAAUCUGUUAUAGAUUCCUUGUGUGUUGUAAGCAGCAGGUUGUCAAUUCCCAUUUCUUAAAAUACCUAUUGUUUCACUCUUCAGACCUGAAGUCAUGCUAUAAAUAUGAAAUCUUUUUAAAAAGCUGUCUGUCUGGAAAAAUAAUGCUAAACAAUAAUAUUCUGUUAACAUAAUUAAGAUGUCAGAAAUAUUGGCGAUCAUAAAAUGAUCUUUCGAAGCAAUUUCCUUUUGUUUUAGAGAAAAAGAAAACAAAACAAAGCAGAAAUGUUGCUUGUGAAUAUAGAAGCACAGUUCAUGUGAAUUAACGCUUCCUUUGGCUGGGGAUCAGCUCGUCAGGUAUUGUUUAUCAUUUUUUACAAACCUAACCGUACUGGGUCCCUUCACAAUAAAAAACAUUCAAAACCCGUAGUUAUGAAUUGAAUGAGUCCACUUAAUUUUGUUGCCAAAGGAGCUUGAAAUAUUGUUAUGAACUGACGACUUGAAAUGUUCUUCGCAUAUAUUCCAAAUGAAUGAUACUUUCUUUAAAUAAAUAAUUUUGAAAAGACGAAGUAAUCCAUAACAUUUUCCAAAGUACAGUGCAAAAUAUCUUUUAGUCUUUAGUAUUUGUGCCUGAAACCGAGCUUCUAAUUGUUUCUGAUCCAAAUAAUGAAGAACUUUUGGUUUCAAUCUGCAAUACUGCUUGAUAGACGAUGAAUUAAAACAUCACAGCUAGGUAAGGCUAUUAUCGUUUUGUUUCCUUUAUUUUUACGAUAAGUUUCAAUAUUCUGUUCUCUGCUCGUAUUGUAAAAAAAUAAAAUAAAAUAGAAAAUGAAACCCUUGACUUGCGUGACAAAUUCACAAUUAAAAUUAUUUGCACUUUUUAUUAAAUAAAUUUUAAAUAUAUUUAUAAUAAUAUAUUUAAUAUUUUAUUUACAUAAUAUUUCUUAAGUAAAAACAAAAAAAAGAAUACGCAGCUGCAAACAAGUCAACUAAUUUAAAUAAAUAAAAUACAAAAUAAUAACAAAAAAAUACAUUUUGCCAGAGAGUAGUUUUUGCAUUUUUUGCGCAUAAAAUGAAAAUCGUUUACUAAUUAUAAAAUAUAUUAACAAUAUAUGCAAAAUAUAAUAAAUUUAAUUGACAAACAAAAAAUAUAUAUAAAACAUGUAUUUGUAGUAAAAACAACAACAAAAAAAGUAGUGAAAACAUACAUGCAUAAUAUACCGUAUAAAAAACAACAAGGCAGACACAAAAACAAAAACA